AUGGACGGACACGCUGAGCGCAACUCUCCAAAAGAGGCACAGCACAACACGGAGAUGCUCCUCGCUCUGCUGUCCCAAAGUGAGCAGCUACGGAAAGAGAUCCCAGUGUGCGCCGGCUGCAGUCAGCACAUCGUGGACCGCUUCAUCCUCAAGGUGCUGGACCGCCAGUGGCACAGCAAGUGCCUGAAAUGCAGCGACUGCCAGGCUCAGCUGGCGGACAAGUGCUUCAGCAGGGGCGACAGCGUCUACUGCAAAGAGGAUUUCUUCAAGAGAUUCGGGACCAAGUGCGCCGCGUGUCAGCAGGGGAUACCGCCCACCCAGGUGGUGAGGAGGGCGCAGGACUUCGUCUACCACCUGCACUGCUUCGCCUGCAUCGUGUGCAAGAGGCAGCUGGCCACAGGGGACGAGUACUACCUGAUGGAGGACAGCCGGCUGGUCUGCAAGGGCGACUACGAGACCGCCAAACAGAGAGAAGCAGACUCGACUGCAAAAAGGCCACGAACAACCAUCACGGCCAAGCAGCUGGAGACGCUGAAGAACGCCUACAACAACUCUCCCAAACCUGCACGCCAUGUUCGAGAGCAGCUAUCGUCCGAGACGGGCCUGGACAUGCGAGUGGUGCAGGUUUGGUUUCAGAACAGACGGGCUAAAGAGAAAAGGCUGAAGAAAGACGCCGGUCGGCAGAGGUGGGGCCAGUACUUCCGCAACAUGAAGCGUUCGCGGGGGGGCUCCAAGUCUGAUAAGGACAGCAUCCAGGAGGAGGGAAUGGACAGCGACGCAGAGGUGUCCUUCACAGACGAACCACCCAUGUCAGAGCUUGGCCACACCAACGGCAUCUACAGCAGCCUCAGUGAGUCCUCUCCGGGCUUGGGCAGCCGCCAAGGGGGCAACAACCACGGCUCCUUCCCCCUGGAGCACGGCGUCCUGCCCUCUCAGGACCAGUUCCACGACAUUCGCUCCAACAGCCCGUACGGCCUUCCUCAGUCGCCAGGGCCACUGCAGGCGCUACCCAGGCACCAGCCUCUCAUCUCCAGCCUGGUCUACCCGGAAUCCGGCCUUUCUAUCAUGACGCAGGGCAGCGGGCCCGGGAUCAACCCUGCAGUGAGGGUCUCCAUGGGGGCAGCCAACGGACCCAGCUCGGACCUCUCGACGGGCAGCAGCGGAGGAUACCCAGACUUUCCUGCCAGUCCUGCCUCCUGGUUAGACGAAGUGGACCACGGGCAGUUUUGA